AUGGAAACAGAGUUGAAAGUCGAAAAUAACGCAAAGAAAUCCGAUAGUAUUAAAUCAAUUUUUCAAGGAUUAACAUUUAUACUGGUUUUCUAUUUACUUGUAUUACUUGGAUUCCCGGGAUCUUCAUCAUCCUCAUCAUUAUUGUCGUUACCAUCAUCAAAUGCAAAACAACAGGAAAUGGAAUUACAUGAACCGAAAAUUUUGUCUCGAAAACGUAGAUUCUUAGCUUUUCCAUACGGAUCGUCAUUCUCAGCUACAAUUUGUACCACAAUAGGAAUGUAUGGUAAUCCAAAUUAUAAUUGGAUAAGUUAUGCCCUAAAUUUUGGUGUAUCAUAUAAUUUACCAAAUGAAACAUGGGUUGUGGAUGCUGCACAUGGUUUUGGUAAUUUAAAAUCAAAUGAUGGUACAUCAACCGGUACAGGAUCAACAGGUGCUGAAUUAAUUGAAAAAAGACGUACUCCCGAAAAUUGUUAUUUAAUUCUUAGAAUGGGUUUCGAUGGUCAACAAUGCAUUUUAAGAGCUCUUUGUGAGGCAUCAAAAUUAUUCUCUGAUUUAAAAGGUACAAUGGUUGAAGAAAUGGUUAAAACUAUAUUUAGUUAUCCUGGUCGAAGAAGAUAUGUUAAAGAUGAAUUAAUUGAUACUGAACGUUAUAAGGAUUUUACAUAUCAGAGAGCAUUUCAAAGGGGUCAUGCAAUCGAGUAUAUUUCGGAUUGUAUAAAUUUCUAUCCAAAUUGCACAUUUUCCCUUAUAGAUUUAGCGUUCGGUAAAUAUUCAGUAAGACCAACAACACUUAUGAAAAAAAAUAAUUAUUCAUUUAUGUGA